AAAUUUUUCCAAGAGAUUCCAGUCUAAAAGACAAAUUCAUAAAACAUUUUACAGGGCCAGUCACAUUUUCAUCAGAGUGUAGCAAGCACUUUCAUCGACUGUAUCACAACACAAGGGACUGCUCAACACCAGCUUAUUAUAAAAGGUGUGCAAGGUUGCUAACAAGAUUAGCAAUGAGCCCUUUGUGUACACAGUCCUAGGAUGUUUGCUAUACUUUCCACUAAGAAGAGAAUUCUGAUCUGCCAAGAAAGUGCCUUGAAAUCUUCCAAGACAGAGAAGACAUCUUUUACCUUUUUGUUUUACAAUGUUUUGUUACUAGAUGCAUUUUAUUUUCAUAUAUUUGUCGGACAUUCCAUAUUUGUGUGAAAUGUUGUUUUAUUUUAAUUUGUAAAUUUAUUGCCUAUAGUUCAGACAAGCCAAUUAUUUAAAUACAUUGUAUAUAAAGAAUACUAAUGAUGUACUGAUUAAAUGUUAUAAUCAUAUGCAGGGAGUUGGUAAAUUUUGCUGUUCCUCUUGUUCCAUUGCAUUUACAUCAUUCUGCUCAGGCUCUUACUUUCAUUAUUUGCACUAACUUGAAAUGCAGAAGUCUGUGUAACUGAAAUCUGAAUAAGCUGCAAGUGGGGAGGUUUUACUUGCCAUGGAAAAUAUUUUAUAUUAUGAAGCUUUGUUAAUAUAUGCAUAUAUGUUAUUGCUCAUCACAAAAAAAAUGCUCAGAAAUGCACCUUGCUUUCAGAAACAUUUGUAUGGCUAUUCUGGAUUUUCAUCAGUUACAUUUGUACUGGCACUUAUGGAAAGAGUUGCAAAUAAUGUAAAUAUAAAGACUGGAAAACUGCAAUGCAGUUUUGGUGGAAUAAAGA